GCCUUGAUUGCGGACACACCAGUACUCCCACACAAACAUAAAUACUACCAGAGACGUUCUCUCUCAUCCAUUCAUGGCUCCACAUCUCCUCCUUGUCCUGCGCAUCCUGUUCUUCCUCACUGGAGUCUCAGAUACACAGAGUGUGUCCACAGUGAGUCAUGUGUCUGUAAAGCAAGGAGGGUCCAUCAUCAUCCCAUGUCUCUAUAAUCAGAAAUAUAGAAACAAUGUGAAAUACGGGUGUAGGGGAUAUAAUUGGUUAGGUUGCUCUACUGUAGUACGCACUGACCAUCCUAAGACCAGUGGAAAGACCUCAGUCUCUGAUGACAUCAACCAGCUAGUCUUCACUGUGACCAUGACAAGUCUUAGUCCUAGUGAUUCUGAUUAUUACUGGUGUAUUGUGGAGAGGAAGAGCAAGGCAGAUGAUGGGGAUAGACUGCAGAUAUCUGUUACUCCAGGUACUCCAGAACUCUACGUGGACCAACAACAGAUGACUGGAGUUGUAGGAGGCAGUGUCACUGUGCUCUGUUACUAUAGUUCACAAGGAAGCCGUGGGAAGUGGUGCAAGAUGGGAGGCCCUUGUGUGGCUGUGGGACUUUCUGGGGAUUUAGAUGGAACAUUUGUGAAGUUAGUGCAGGAGCAGAGAGAAAUCACCAAAGGAUAUGUCUUAAUGGUGACUAUGAGUGGAUUGAUGAUGGAGAACACUGGCUGGUACUGGUGCGAAAAGGGAAAACUACAGAUGCCUGUUCAUAUCACUGUCAAUCAACCAACCACAACACAGAGCACCACCACAACAACACAAGCUCCAUCCACUCACCAAGCGUCACUAACCAGUGCUGAGUCUAACGCUUCUCCGCCCACAGUUUCCCCUUCUGUUACAAACAGGGACAAUGUUGUAACUAACGAGAACACAGAUGAGAAGCCCCAGAGUUUGCUGGAAGUCCUGUUCAUUCCUCUGAGCCUGUUGGUGGUGUUGAUAGCUGUUACCUUGGUCACAUUGAAGAUGUUGAGAAAACAUAAGGACAAGAAAGCAAAGGACCAACCACCAAACACCACAGUACAGUCUUCUGACUCUGAGCAGAACAUUACCUACAGUACUGUGAGUCACAUCAGAGGAUCAACACAACAGGUCCUGAACCCUGAGAGCCACGGUGACUUGUACAGCACUGUGAUCCCUAAGCAGCACAGGACAGCAAAAAAGGACCCAUUACCUGAUGAUGCAGUGACAUACAGCACCGUGGUCACCAAGAACAAGGUCCAACCAAAUAUUCCAUUACCUGAUGAUGCAGUGACAUACAGCACUGUGGUCCCCAAGAACAAGACCCAACCAAAUGCAGCAGAACCAGAUGAUGUGGUCUACAGCACAGUGGCCCAACACCAGAGAUAGCAGGGAGUAGCAGCAGAGCAGUGACAGCAUUAAAUCCUUGGUCCCAAAGAACCAGACAAUCUCUUUAUGGGGGAAAAUACUGGAGGAUCUCAGUGUACUAAGGCAUCAGAAGAAAUGUGUCCAGAUUGACAGUAAAACAUAUAAGGUUAUUGUAUUUGUCACCCCCUGCCCCAACCCUUUCUCCUUAUUAUUUUUUAUUGUUCACUUUUUCUUUUUAAAGGAUGAAUCAAAAUGUAUGUAAGGGGACAGCCGAAUAAACCUUUUAGGUUUGAGAUGGCACAUCUUUUUCUAAGAGUGUAGGCUGACUGUCUUAAGUGGAAAGGUAGGCCAAACUUUUGAAAGUACCAUGCUCAGAUUCCUGAUUUAAUUAUUUGCAAACAGCGACAGUUUCGUUGCAAACAGGACAAACUGAUUUGGCAUUGGAGAAAUAUGAAAUAUUUAAGGCUCUGGUCUGUACAGGAGGUGAGGAUAAAUGGGAGACAUGUUCAAUGCAAUCCACUUUGUUUAAAUUAUUUAUUUUGGGUAGAGGGGAGGCUCACUUGUUUUCUUUCUAGGGUUUAGGUCAAAUAUAUUUAGCUGAAGAGCGGGCCAUCCAAUUUCAUUUCAGAGAGGUCCGAUUUUCUCCAUUUAACUCUUAUUAUAAUUAACGUUCACUCCCUAACCUGUAUAUAUUAUAGACUGAACGUCUUGUAUUAAAUUGUCACAAUUAUGUCCAUGUGGACAUUUAACUAACGUGUGUUUCUUCAAUAAAAACAGAA